UGGAGGUGGGGAUUGGUUUUGAUGGUGGGGGGGAGGGAAUUGCACUUUUUGAUUGUUCAGCGGGUUUAGAGCAGCAUUUUAUUUGUCACUUCAUGGUCGCCUUUUGAUUAUUUAUUUCUUUUAUGCAAGGCUGCCAACUGCCAACUGCUGGUGGAAUGUUGGCCAGCCGUCUCUCAGGCAAAUAUUCAACUCGCGAGAAUCCAGAUGCACAGAUGCACUGAUGAACAGAUGCACCUGAGGAGCCAAUCUGCAACAAAUGGAUUCGAGACUUUUACCUCUUUCUUUUUUACUCCGACAUUUCUUCAUUUUUUUUUUCAUUCCGGGGCGGGGCAAGAGGGGGAGUUCGAUUGGUACAAGAUAUUCGGUUUUGCAGGGGUAAGGGGACUAUUUUAGUCAACCUUCGGUCAAUGUUUCCACUGAAUUUUUCUCAAACAGCUUUCAUUGGCUUUUAUUUGUACGGCAUGAGGGGAUGAGGCGGAUGAUAGGUCCUCUGGGGAGAACUCGAGGUUCAGAUUUCAAGGUACAAUAAACAUGAGGAGCUCCACACGGUUUUCGUCAGCACCCAUUUUUCCGUUGUUAUGAACGAGCAUUUUGUCUAGGGUGGAAUCGACGGUAUUUUUUAGGUAGAUAGGAUAAUAAAAUGACACAUUCGGAUUUGGACUCGCACUUUGUGCAGGGACUGAGACUCCUACAUUCUUCUAAUAAGGAUUCAAUGGACCAGCUGAGGAGUCUUCUGGAUGAAGCUAUCAAGCAGAAACACGGCCUCUCCAAGAUGCUCUGCAAUGUGCUGCAUAAAAAGUAUACGAUGGAGGAGCCAGUGCUGAGUGAUCACAGCAGCACGAGCAGUAAGAAAAGCAAGAGCUCCAGUUCAUCAUCCAAACACUCCCAUAAAUCCAGUAAAAGUGACUCUCCGGAGGAAAUAAUUGCAAGAACGCCUCCGGAUAUGUUAAUCAGCGAUGAUCCAUUGGCUGAGAUCCUCGAAGAUGAUUUGACUUGCGUCGUUUGCAAGGGCAUGGACGUGGGUGCCAGGAACAGGCUCGUCGAAUGCGCUGAUUGUCAUGCACUUUAUCACCAGGAGUGUCACACUCCUCAUAUUCAGGACUCGCAGAUUGACGUGCCCAAGUUACUCUGGUACUGCUCCAACUGCAUCAAGUCUCAUCAGCCUGUGAAGGAUAAACCACCACCGAAGCCUGUGGUAGAGAGCAAAAAAGAGACGAAGAAGUCAACAUCUAGUUCGAAACACUCAGAAAAAUACAAAGGGUCCUCGAGCCAUUCGGUGAUAAUCGACUCAUCAAGCUCCAAGACGACCCCAAGUAUCAACAUAAUUACAGGUGACAGACGACUAAAAGACGUGACUAAAAAAGGUAAAGGAGAGAAACGCAGCAGUAGCACAAGUUCCUCGAGUAAAUACAUGUCUAGCUCAUCCUCCUCGAAGAAUUCCGACAAGUCGAGCCGAAAAAAUGACUAAUGAGUUGAUAAAUUCAAUAAUAAUCAGGGAUUUAAAGUGAUAAACUUAAUGUAAUAAUAAUUCACUGCCAAACAUUGGAACUCAAGCCACAAUCCUUCCCCAAAACGAUAAUAAAUAAUUUCCCUCGAAGUAUGUGUAAAAUUUUAUUGAAAUUAUUUAUACACUUUCUGAGAAACUUGGGAUAUAAUUCGAGGCUCGCAAUAAACACACAAUAAUUGUUUAUAAUA